GCGUCACCAUAUCUCCCCGACGCUCUGAUCCAAUUAUUCCUCUCGCGUUGUCGACUCCGAAUCUUGAUUUGUCUGCUCUUCGAUGGCGAUCUGCGCUCCCUCCUCCUCGGAUUCGUCGUCGGGAUCCAGGGCGUGGGUGGUCCACGCGGCGUUGCUCGGGGCGGCGAUCGCGGCGGCGGCUGGGGCACAUUUCUACCUCCGCCGCUGGUCCAGCGGGUUCCGGAGCCGGGUGGUCGGCAUCAUCCCCGCCCGGUUCGACUCCUCCCGCUUCCAGGGCAAACCCCUCGCUCAAAUCCUCGGCAAGCCCAUGAUCCAGAGAACAUGGGAGAGAGCAAAGUUAGCUUCAACCUUGGAGAAUGUUGUUGUUGCAACAGAUGAUGAAAAGAUUGCAGAAUGUUGUAGAGGAUUUGGAGCAGAUGUCGUAAUGACAUCAGUUGGAUGCAGAAAUGGGACUGAGCGUUGCAAUGAAGCCCUUGAAAAACUUGGAAAGAAUUAUGACAUUGUUGUCAAUAUCCAGGGGGAUGAGCCUCUUAUUGAGCCUGAGAUAAUAGAUGGUAUUGUUAAAGCAUUGCAGGGAGCUCCUGAUGCUGUUUUCAGUACUGCUGUCACGUCCUUGAAACCUGAAGAUGGACUUGAUCCCAACAGGGUAAAGUGUGUGGUUGAUAAUCAUGGUUAUGCGAUCUACUUCUCAAGGGGAUUGAUCCCAUUCAACAAGUCAGGGAAAGUUAAUCCACAAUUUCCUUAUCUACUUCAUUUAGGCAUUCAGAGCUUUGAUGCAAAGUUCUUGAAGAUCUACCCACAACUACCACCUACUCCUCUGCAACUGGAAGAAGACCUGGAGCAACUUAAAGUGCUGGAAAAUGGGUACAAGAUGAAGGUAAUCAAGGUGAAUCAUGACGCCCAUGGUGUAGACACUCCCGAGGAUGUUGCAAAAAUAGAAGCAUUGAUGCGAGAAAGAAAUAUUGCAUAGUGGAAUGACUGAAACGGUAUGAGAGAUCUGAUGCAUUCCUAUGCAAUUAAGCGUCGGAAUGAGCAUUUCAUAGGGUGGAUCAACAUCUUUACCAUAUGAUUCUUAUGUUACUCUACUUCUUAGUGACUAUUUCGUUGUUGUUGCUCAUUCAAUUUGUAGCUUUUAUCUUGACAAGAUAAGUUUUAUAUCAUAUCGGUUGUAUCGCAUGACCAACUGAAUCAAAAUAAGGGAGAUUGCUCGGUGAGCUAUGUUGUAUGUAUGAGAUUAUAAUGAGAAAACUUCUGUAUUUG